GAUGCUAAUUUUAUUAAUGGCAUUAAAGAAACUGUUGUUAAUCUUUAUGAAAACAAUUAUAUGCUGAUUGUUCAUGAAACUGAUAGCGAUCAAGAGCAAUUGAAAAUUGAUCAGAAAACUGAAAUAGAAUUAUAUUUAAAGGCUCCUUGA